UACCCCAUUGCAGUUUCGCCUUAGCGUUUCAAUUGGCUUUUAGUACGAGACCACCGCACUACAGAACACACCCCGGUUCGGCGAUGUCUGCCCACGAUUACUUUAUACACUCGUUUGGAUCCUUCAAACUGUAAGGAUGGUGAAAAAAUCCGCUAACGGUGAAGUUUAUCACCCUCCCGCAGGGGAGAAGAAACAGAAAGUCGGCUUCGUGGGACUGGACCCCGGGGCUGCGGAGACGAGCCGAGACGGGGCACUUCUCAUUGCCGGUUCCGAGAGCACAAAACUGGGCAGCAUACUGAGCAGACCGAGGUCCAGCAUCUCCAGGGGGAGAAUCGCUCACAAAAGAAACGCACGUUACCGCAGACUGCAAAAUUUCCUUUACAAUGCGCUGGAAAGACCCCGAGGCUGGGCGUUCAUUUACCACGCUUAUGUGUUUCUGCUGGUGUUUUCCUGUCUGGUUCUGUCAGUGUUCGCAACAAUAAAAGAAUACAAGAAAAGCUCUGAGAGUGCCUUGUACAUCCUGGAAAUUGUGACAAUCGUGGUGUUUGGUGUGGAAUAUAUUGUGCGGAUUUGGGCAGCCGGCUGCUGUUGUCGCUACAGAGGAUGGAGAGGAAGGCUGAGAUUUGCACGCAAACCCUUCUGUAUCAUCGAUAUCAUGGUCCUUUUUGCCUCGGUGUCAGUGCUGGCCGCUGGCUCACAGGGAAAUGUUUUUGCAACCUCUGCCAUUCGGAGUUUGAGGUUUCUUCAAAUCCUUCGAAUGCUGCGUAUGGACCGCCGCGGUGGCACAUGGAAGCUCCUAGGAUCUGUGGUUUACGCACACAGCAAGGAACUCAUUACGGCGUGGUAUAUUGGAUUCCUUUGUCUUAUCCUGGCAUCUUUCUUGGUGUACUCAGUGGAGAAGGAUGACAAUGCAGAGAUGUUCGAGACCUACGCUGACGCCCUCUGGUGGGGGCUGAUCACUCUUACAACUAUCGGUUAUGGGGACAAGUAUCCUGUCACGUGGAAUGGACGUCUAAUUGCUGCCAUGUUCAGUUUGAUUGGUGUAGCUUUUUUCGCUCUUCCUGCGGGUAUCCUGGGCUCAGGCUUUGCUCUAAAGGUUCAAGAGCAGCACAGACAGAAGCAUUUUGAGAAGCGUCGUAACCCUGCUGCAUCUCUUAUCCAGGCAGCUUGGAGAUUUUAUGCCACUAAUCUUUCCAGGACAGACCUGCUGUCCACAUGGGACUUUUAUGAGCAGACUGUGUCGGUCCCAAUGUACAGACUCAUUCCUCCUGUAAAUCAGCUCGACAUAUUAAGAAGCCUGACGGGGAAAUCUGGUUUCAGGAAGGACUCGCAGCUAGAAGUCACUCCAAGUCGUAAGGCAAGCUUGAAAGAGAAAGGCAGUCCCUCUAAGAGCACCGGGGGAAAGACCCCAAAGCCAGAGGAGGGAGUCAAAGAGAGUCCAAGCAAAGUGACCAAGAGCUUGAGCUUCACAGAGCGGAACAAAGCAAAACACGCUUUCAGAAUGAAAGAUGGAGCUUCUCGGCAGAACUCUGAAGAGGCAAGUCUUCCAGAAGAUUUUGGGGAUGACAGAGGUUUCCACUGUGAGUUUGCGCCGGAUCUGUCUCCGGGACUCAAGGUCACCAUCAGAUCAAUCUGUAUUAUGCGGUUCCUGGUGUCUAAGAGGAGAUUUAAAGAGAGCCUCAGGCCUUAUGAUGUGAUGGAUGUGAUAGAGCAGUAUUCAGCAGGCCAUCUGGACAUGCUGUCACGCAUCAAAAACCUUCAGUCAAGAGUGGAUCAGAUUGUGGGAAAGGGAGCCACGGCAGGAGAAAAGGAAAAGCCCAAAAGCGACACGGAGAUGGCUGAGGACCCAAGCAUGAUGGGACGUCUGAACAAGAUGGAAAAGCAGGUGGGGGCAAUGGAUCUCAAACUCAACUUUUUGGUCAGCAUGUACACCACACAUAUGGGCAUCCCACGAUCUGAGACCGAAGCCCUCCUAGGCUUUAAAAUCCCUUACCCUGCUCCUCCCUACCACAGCCCUGAUGAUAAGAGUGAGAAAGCACAGGAUGAGAAAGAAGAUGAGUAUAAAAAGAGUGUGUCCCCUGUCUAUCCCGGUCCCAACGGGACUCCCACCGAUAGCCAAUGUCGGCCCUCUGCCUCAUGGCAUCAUCAGGAUGACCAUCCCCUCAAUGUGCCUCUCUGGAACAACAGCCGAGGAGUUUCACCAAUAGGCACUGACGACCCCUCGCUGUACCGCAUCCCGCCUCCACCAUUCCAUGAGAUCGGGGACAGCAGUCGCUCACGUAGGUCCAGGAAAACCGUCCAGCAGCAGACGGCCAUUGAGAGUGACACGUCCCUCUCUAUUCCCUCAGUGGACCAUGAGGAGCUGGAGCGCUCUUUUAGCGGCUUUAGCAUUUCUCAGGCCAGGGAAGAGGAUUAUGUGCCACCGGUGAGACUGGGGCUUUUUGGUAGAGGCGGUGGGACACCGUGCACCCAUCUCAGGCCUAAUCUGGCUGAAGGGGAGUCGGAUACAGACUCUGACCUCUAUACACCGGGAGCACCGUCCCCUCUUUCGUUUACUGGAGAGGGGCCUUUCGGUGACAGGAUGUGGCCUGGUCUGAAAUAGUUUGGAGUUUGUUUAAUGGACCAGUAUCCUGGAUGUAGCUAAUGGAUGUGUAUGUGGCCAUUUGGACUUGAUGGAGUGAAUCAUUUCAAUGUCAAAAAACAAAAUUGUGGGUGUGAUUACCGACUGCACUGAUGCCACAGAAUCGAGAAUGAAUCAUAAACACUGCAAUUAAAAAAAGACCCCAAACAUGGAGGCUAAGGAUGUGUGCAUUCACAAGUGGAAAAGAUUGUGUGUAUUCAAUUACUGGCAUGGAAAUAAAAAAGACACCUCGUCUUUAUUACUUUGCGUAGUCACCACAGCUAAUGCAGUAUCAAAUGCACUUUACCUUUAAACUGUAAUUUUAAUUCAUGAGAUAUUUAUUUAUUUAUUUACAUUGUCUUUUCCUGAAAUGCGUUAUGAGACUGUUAUGAAAACGAGUAGUUAAUCAGGGCAUGUGUCUGUAGUAAGCAUUUAAUUAACAUUUUAAAAUGAAAGGAGAAAUUAAUUCAGCCAAAGAAAAAGAAGGCAGAAAGCUGAGCAUGCCAAACAGGUUCUUUUCCCUCUUACAUUUCUUAUCUGUAGAAUGGAAAGAUGAAUUAAUUUUUUUAGCUACAUUCAAUAGCUUUAUAGCUAAAGUGAAAACACUUAUGGAGAGAGACACAUACUUUUGGAGGAACUAUUAAUAUUUGCAGGAACCCUGUUGAUGAUCAGAGGACAAAUAUCCAUGCUAUUGUAUGCAAUCGGUUUUAAUUUUCUAGAAUUGGUAAGCUGCACUAUGAUAUCAUGUUUUAUGCUGUAGUGAAGAAGGCAUUGAAUAAUAAUCAGACCUAAAAAUACAUUAACUGCAUGGCAUGUUUAUGGAAUAUAGCUUGUUGACAACCUAAUAGGAUGACAAAUAAGAGCAAUGAAAGAAAGUCCCUUCAGCUGCAGUCAGAUAUAGUCAGGGAUGAAGGAAUUGAAAAUGUAUCAAUUGUAUUUAUUUGUUUUGUUUUUCCAGGUCAGUUUUACAUUGAAACCACUUGUUUGUACAGGUUUCUUGUUGGGCCCAGAGACCACAUAUGUCUGCAAAUGUAUCACUUUUCUUAGUAAAAAGGAGGAAAAUUAAUCUAUUUAGAUGUGGUUUACAUAAGAAAACAGGGAUAACCAUGUUAAAAGAUAUAAACAUUUUUCAAAGCGCUGUUCAAACAUUAAAAUAUUAGGUUGCACACUGUAAGGAAAUAAAGUUGGAUUUGUCUCA